ACAGACAGUCAGACAGACAGUACAGGCAGACAGACAGGCAGCAGUGCGUGGUUCCACCGAGCUGUCUCUCUACUUCCAGAUGAAGAUGGCGGUCUCGGUGUUCCCCGGCGUGCGGCUCCUGUCCAUCGGAGACGCUAACGGAGACAUCCAGCGGCACUCGGAGCAGCAGCCGCUGCGGCUGGAGGUGAAGAGCACGCAGGACGCGGCGCUCAUCAACCUCUCCAACGGAGAGGAGGCCAGUGUGUUCAAGUGUUCUGUUUCCAGAGAGACUGAGUGCAGCCGCGUAGGGAAGCAGUCAUUCAUCAUCACGCUGGGCUGCAACAGCGUCCUGCUGCAGUUCUCCUCACCUGCAGACUUUCAGUCGUUUUAUAACCUCCUGAAGAACAGUCGUGGACAUGUGAAUGAGCGCUCAGUGUUCAGCGACAGAACAGAGGACUCCUCUGCUGUACAGUACUUCCAGUUUUAUGGCUACCUCUCUCAGCAACAGAACAUGAUGCAGGACUACGUCCGGACAGGAACUUACCAGAGAGCGAUUCUGCAGAACCACACGGACUUCAAGGAUAAGGUGGUUCUGGAUGUGGGCUGUGGUUCGGGGAUCCUCUCUUUCUUUGCAGCCCAGGCAGGAGCCAGGAAGGUGUACGCUGUGGAGGCCAGCACCAUGGCUCAGCACGCUGAGGUGCUGGUGAACAGUAACCGUCUGGGGGAGCGGGUGGUGGUGAUCCCGGGGAAGGUGGAGGAGGUGACGCUGCCGGAGCAGGUGGACAUCAUCAUCUCAGAGCCCAUGGGCUACAUGCUGUUCAAUGAGCGCAUGCUGGAGAGCUACCUGCACGCCAAGAAGUUCCUCAAACCAAACGGUAAAAUGUUCCCAACGAUCGGUGACGUCCACCUGGCGCCGUUCACAGACGAGCAGCUCUACAUGGAGCAGUUCACCAAGGCCAACUUCUGGUACCAGCCCUCCUUCCAUGGUGUGGACCUCUCAGCCCUGCGGGGAGCAGCAGUGGACGAGUACUUCAGGCAGCCAAUUGUGGACACGUUUGAUAUCCGUAUUCUGAUGGCCAAGUCAGUCAAAUACACAGUGAACUUCCUGGAGGCCAAAGAAGAGGACCUGUACAGGAUAGAGAUCCCCUUUAAGUUCCACAUGAUGCACUCCGGCCUGGUGCACGGCCUGGCCUUCUGGUUCGACGUGGCCUUCAUGGGAUCAGUGAUGACGGUGUGGCUGUCCACGGCGCCCACAGAGCCCCUCACCCACUGGUACCAGGUCCGCUGCCUGCUGCAGUCGCCCCUCUUCACCAAGGCCGGAGACACGCUGUCCGGCACCGCCAUGCUGGUGGCCAACAAGAGACAAAGCUACGACAUCAGUAUUGUUGCCCAGGUGGACCAGACAGGAUCAAAGUCCAGCAACCUCCUGGACUUGAAGAACCCCUUUUUCAGGUACACAGGCACCACCCCCAACCCCCCUCCUGGCUCACACUACACCUCCCCGUCCGAGAACAUGUGGAACACGGGGACGGCCUACAGCAUGAGUCAGGGGAUACCUGUAUCAGGGAUGCCUGCAGCUUAUGACCUCAGCACAGUCAUCGGCAGCGGCCCGUCAGCGUCUCACAACAACCUCAUCCCCCUGGUGAACACCGGAAUUGUAAACCACACCCACUCCAGGAUGGGCUCCAUCAUGAGCACAGGAAUUGUCCAGGGAGCCACUACGGGUCAGUCGGGUCCCAGCAGCAGCGGUACUUACUAUCCCGUCACCAACCAGUUCACCAUGGGGGGCGCCGCCAUCUCCAUGGCCUCACCUAUGGUCAUCCCUAGCAACACCAUGCAUUAUGGGAGCUAAGAUGAGACCCUCACCAAACCUCCCCGCCCCCUGCAUGACAAGAGACCCCCGGCCUCUCCCAGUGGAGCCCCUCAACCCCACCCUCCAACCCUGACUGACGCACCAACUGCAGCCAAAACCAAUAUACCAAAACCAGUGCUGAGCUGGCACUUCCUCCUCCUCCUCCUCCUCCUCCUCCUCCUCCUCCGUUGAGUCCAUCACUAUAUGAACGGUCUAGCUCUCCUAUCCGUCCACACUCUUGUCCUGCAAACAGACGAAGCCUCCUUUUCCCCUCUUGGAUCUAUUGGGACUUUAACACAUCCACAGGUGUUAUUAUUUAACCCCUUCCUCUCUCAACAAUCCCUCCACUCCCCCUCCUCUCUCAUGGGUUUUUUUUUUGUGUCAUAUUGACCCCCAAAGUGUUUUUCUUCAACCUCGAUGAGUCUCCUCGCUGCCAGAUACCAGCACUAGUCUGUUCCACCUCCACCAGGUCCACCACUACUCAUCUCUGGGCUUUUUUCAUAUCUGAUCAAAUCUUCAAGGCCCCGCAGCACUUCUUUCUCUGAAUAUAAUCCCCUCUCACCACCCGACAGUCUACAGUUUUGGUUUUUUACGCAGAGCCAGAUAUAUCAGGAAACUGAAGCCAUCUGGGCGCCCUAAGGAGGAUGGAGAAAAUGCUUUUUGUGACUUGUGAUCUUUAGUUCUGCUCAUUGCUCCGCUGUGUCGAGGUGUUGAUCCAGACAUCAGGUUUGGGAGAGCUGCAUGCUGGUCACCUUCCGUGCUGUCCACACUAGAUUUUAGCUCCUAGGCCUCUUUGCACUACACUUGCUGGAAGCGGGCUCUAUGCUAGCAUGUUAGCGUACAUGACAUGAAAUGAUAGUUGGCCUCAUGGUCACAUUUUGUAUAUUUAAAGCUGCAUGAAUUCAUAUUUUUGAUGCUAAAAACCAGCGUAGAACUGAGGGUUACCUCUCUAUUUCACAUUACACAAAUGACACAUUUGAAACAUUGUUAAAUACAAAUAUUGAUUUGUGCAGCUUUAAAUAUGCUCGUGCAGGUUACCCUUACCUGUGAUGUGGUUAGCCUAGACUAGCUCAAAUGCUGUCUUUAUUUUAUGUGUCUUAGUUAAACUUAGUUAAUUUAAUUUCAGAGCACUAUGCAGAUUUACAACAGGCAGCAUCUCCUAAUUUCAGUACCGUCCAAAGUGAACAAAAAGAGCUGCAGAGUUAGGCUAACAUUUAGUCUUAGAACUUUAGAUGCAUCUCUGUAUCAGACUCAGUGAAGCAGAAUUUAUCUGACUGUGGGUUUGGUAGCAAACAAGCAUAUUUCUUAAAACGUUGGCGAUUCAGAGCUGCUGCAUGUUUAUAAUUCUCACUUUAAAGGCCAAUGCUUCCACCAGGUCGUAGGUCGUAUGAUGUCAUCUCAAUGAAAAAGUGAUUCUAGCCGUUCUGAAUGGCCAAACGUGUCCAAACUGCAUCCCACUGCCAUCCUCCACAUCUCUCCACAGUCUCAGCCUUCAGUCUCUGCUGCUGCCUUUAGUUGAACACAUAGUGGAUAGUAGACAGCAGUAGUUGAAGUUCAACACAGAAGGUGACCAACUGGACACUCACAUUAAGACUUUGAGUCUUUUGUCUGAGCUCCGACUGUAAAGCGCUGCUCCCCACCAGCCGUUCUCUUCAGCCAGCGGACCGGACGGAUCAGCAGCUCUUCCCCAGAACUCAUUUGUUGAUCCAGAUUGUUCCAGUUCCCAGUUGGAGAAGGAUAAUUGUCAGAAUGAACCAGUAAAGGACCAAUGAGCCAGGUGGCAGCCAGCUGUCUGCCAGAAUGAGAGACGCUGUGCUGGGUCGGCAGUGUUUCUAUCAUUCUGUCCUUCCCCGCCUCUCCUCUCCUCCUCCUGUGAGACUGAGACCUCCUUCCUCCUCGUCUGUUCACUAUGUAUCACCUCCUACAUAUCAUCGUCCCUUCGAUCAGUCACGGAGAGGAGGACUGACACGUGUAUUCAUUGCUUCCAGUGUCACAACUAUUGGACUCGGUUCAUUUUGGAAUUUACGUGUAGAGAAAAAAAAAAUGUCUCUUUGUAGGAUUUAAUCUUUUUUUUGUUAUCUUUAUUUUGUCUUUUUUUUUUUCUUUCACAAAAAAACAACAAACAAUGAAAAAAAGAGAGCAAAUUAAAUGUGGUGGAGAUGUUCCAAAGGCAUCGUGGAGUCAGCUGUUGUAGUACUUUAAUGAGUUAAAUGGACUGUGGACACAGCCGAUGUUUACCAUGUGGUAGUAGCCGUUAGCCCUCAGCUCCCUCCGUCAUCCAGUCACCGCGCCGCGUGCUCCAGUCGUGGCGUCACUUCUAUCAUGGAAACGUGAAUGAGGACUUGUGUAACGUCAACAAAUGUAAUAAUGCCCACAAACGUAAUAAACCACAAACGUAAAUAAAAUGUGCAGCUUUUAAUGCAAUAAUCCCACAAACGUAAUAACUAUUAAGUUUGUGGGGAAGUGAUUUUGGAGUUCUUUGCAUAGAAGAGGUUGGGAUCAUCGUAAUAACUAUUACGUUUGCAGGGACUUAUUAUGUUUGUGGGGAAGUGAAAAUCUUCAACUUUCAAUAUUGUAAUAACUUCCCACGAAUGUAAUAACGCAAACAAUAACGGUUGUUGUGGUUGUUUGUUUGUUUGUUUGCUUGCCUAUACACACACUACUAAGGGGGGUCCGUCGUGUGUUAGUGGAGCGGCGAGCCAGCAGAUGGAUUUUGGAGCCACGGUCAGUAUUAUUAGUGUGUUUAUAGGCAAACAAACAAACAACAACCACAACAACAAUUAUUCUUUGCGUUUUUACAUUCGUGGGAUGUUGUUUCAAUAUUGAAAGUUGGAAGAUUUUUACUUGCCCACAAACGUAAUAGUUAUUAUGAUGAUCCCAACCUCUUCUAUGCAAAGAACUCCAAAAUCACUUCCCCACAAACGUGGGGAAGUGCCGACUACAAACGUAACACGCAAUUUCCCACAAAUACAAUAACAAUUUUGUAUUUGUGGGAAAUUGCGUGUUACGUUUGUAGUCGGCAGCGGCUAUUACGUUUGUGGAAAAUGUAUUAUGUUUGUGGGAUUAUUGCAUCAAAAGCUGCAGAUUUUUAUCACGUUUGUGGACAUUAUGACAUGUGCAGGUGUUACAGUGUGUCAUGUUGUGUCAUUUCCGUGUCGUCCUGUCUGACGCGGACUCUCGGGCUCCAGACGAGUCUUAAACCAAGUCGCUCUCAGGCCGAAUGUUGAGCAGGCGUUUGUCAGCUCAACACCGCCAGCAGCCAGAAAUGAACCAGGAACAAGUAGGAACUAAUAAUAUAUUUUGAUGGAACUAGUAAUAGACCCUUUUACAGCAGACAUCAUCAGAAAUAUGCACCACAUGUUGGCAAAGGAAGUGACGUUCUGCCUCUCAUUCAGACCAGUUAGCAAGCUUUUAACAUUAAAUUUCUACUGUUGGCAACAUCACAGUGUCUGGUUGUGUGUUGUCCAGUUUUCGAGGAGCGAGUCGUCGCAGCAGGAGAGUCUGUGGACGCUUGUCGUGACUGUAAACGCUCGAAGGCUUUUACAGGGACACCUCCACGUUCUGUUUGUAUUUUCAAACGUUGCCGUCACUUCAAGCCAACCACGACACAUCAGCCGAGUCACUGCGGUCGCUCCCUGAACCGAGAGAGAGAUGCCGUCUGAGGCUGUGAGCCGCGUGUUGACCACCACUGGACUGAUGUUUGUAGCCCAUUUUAAAACUCAAUAAAGUCAAAACUCUGA